AUGGCAGACACGAGAACAAGGUGUUCGAGCUUAAUUCUGUGGUUGGUAGUGCUAAAUGGAACUGAGAUUUUUGCCAAAGAAAUUUUGACAAACAUCUGGGCAGUAAAAAUUCCCGAUGGCCAAUUGGAGGCGAAGCAAGUAGCCAGCAAACAUGGUUUCCUGUACAGCAAACAGGUAAGUUUAUUCUUGAAUUUGCUAUCGAUUGUUAACUAUCAGAUAUAAACUAUCCACAAAACAGAGCCUCUGGUCUGAAUGAUUAAAAAAGUUUCGUAUCACACAUAAUAUAUACCCUAGUGAUCAGGAGUGAGCACAACGUAACGAUGUAAUUAGAAGAUAAGGGUUGAUUUCCAGUGUCACGUAAUUUUAACGUGCGUACGUGCGUAAAAUUUGCGUUCGCAAAUAAAAUAGAGGCAAUGCGUGAAAGGUCCCUCGUAAGCGUAAAAGUUGAACCUCGCUAAACUUAUCGUUUGAGCUCAGCACUUUUUAUCUUGCCUCUAUUUUAUUUGCGUGAUUAAAAUUUAAGUGCGUUAAUGUGCGUAGCCAAAAACGCGUCAGUGGAAAUCAACCUUACGGUAGGAUACGGGAUACUUGUUCCAAACAUUUCCGUGUCAUGUAGGUCCGGGGGCGGGGGUGAGCGUGAACUUUGUACCGAUUUAUGACGCCACAUCCGAUUGCGAAGUUGCUGUUCUGUUCUGGCGAGAAGCACCAAGAUGGACGCCCGGUGCCGUUUGGUUUCUUCGUUAUUUUAGUUUACAGGCUUACGGAACUUUGUAUCUUGAAUGCCGAGAAUGUUGAGAAGGUAUAUGGCUUGCUUUUCAAGCAAACGUCAUGACCAAACAAAGACGAUUUAGUAUCAGAAUUAUGGUUCGUGAGAAUUGUCUUACUCUGUGAUCUAAGAAUGCGGUAAUGGGACACUUGCGCUGCUGUUCGCUCGGGACUGGGAACCAUAAUACGUCGAUCGGCGGGGUUUCUCUAAUUUCUCAGUAACCGGUUUUUCUUCUCUUUAUCGAACGCAGGCAAACCAAACACCAUGUAAAGCUGUCACAUGCUCGGUAGCCAAGCACCUCUCAGUAACCUCUUAUUUUACUAGCUCUCCAUAGCUUGCACUGUUUCAGGGUUAGGGUUCAUUGUUUGUUUUGUUUGUUUCAUUGUUUUCUCAGCCAAUACUAGGACUUGUUACAAGAAGUGCAAGCCGUCGUCACACGAAGUAGAUUAAAGGCUUCCGACCUUAACCACUACCUUCUCUCUCUGGGGUUGACAAUUCUGACGAGUGUAUUUCAUUCUCCCAGUUAAAACAAAUCUAGAGAGAAUAGUAACCAUUGUAUUGGAGAGCGCUUGACUGUAAAGUGUCAUGCGCGUUAUUUAUUCUUUAGACCCGAAAGAAAGUGAGCGCUCGAGGUUUGUCUGUUUUGCAAAACAUGAAAAAAGAAAAUGAGCCCUGCAGUCUAAUAUUACGCUUGUGUAGGUUUUCUCUGACUGAACGACUACACUUCUUAGGUGAUUGUUUCAAAUUAAAAAAGAGAGAGAAAGAGAAGAAAAGGUAAAGAAAAGCGGAUUAUUUUCUUUACAGUCAGGGAGCUAUGUCGCUGAAAAAAUUUCCGCGGGUUUUUUGAGAGGAUUUCAAGCGAACAGUGUAGAAGUGUUGAGGGGGACCUAAGGAACAUGUUUAAUGUUGUCGGCACCUCUUUAAUUCGUGCAGGAGGUAUUUAAGGGGCACUAAAAAAAUGUCCAUUGAGUUAUACGUGAAAACGAGGCUAAGAUUUGGAAAUGCUUAAAAAACGGCUGUUCAAUCACCUUCUUUUCUGUAAAUGUAAAGUAAUAUUCAUAAGAUAUCUAGGAAUGUUUAAUUACCUCUAGUGCAUUGGUAAAAGGUAAAAAUCCAGAUUUUUAGCUCAAAAGAAGUCAGUUGCCUCAGAUGAAAGUAACAUUCCUUGGAAUAUCAAUGUGGGAGAACAAGUAGUUUGUCCUGCAACAAAUGUUUUUCUCCCUGGCACUUAAAAGUUCAGCUAUAAACUAGACUGCUUUUAUAAUGAAAUAAGAAAUUCCAUUUUCAAACUAUGACAGUUAUCAAUAGGCUAUUUUUUUUUUUCUUCAUUGCACUUGCUAAUACAUAUUCCAGUUUUCUGGUUUGGUGUUGUGUGUUGCCACAUGAACAUCUGGGACAUAUAUUGCCGUUACGUCUUUUACCCAGUCUAAAUGUCCAGUUCUACAGAAACUGGAGAGACCAAAGACCUCAAUUUAAAUUUGUGUAUUAUUUGUGGCCAAAAUUAAGCCAAAUGAAAGACUUGUAGAGAAACCGACUUCUCGUGACAGAGUAUUGACUGCAUACAAGAAUGGCCGUCUUACGCCCGUUUAGAAUAUUUCGAGAGUUGGUCAAAAUUAAAAACGUUUACAGCUGAAAAGCUUAAGGAUAAAGGAGCAUCGUGGCACAGGCAGUUUUCAAGUGGUGUAAGGACGCCAUCCAUAGGGUCAUCGCAAUCGCUCACAGAUUUUCGAGCAAAAGAGAGACUGCUCGCGGUCUAUAAGGCAAUGCUUAGGCGAGCAAGAGAACGGUAAGAGAGAGAGUUGGCUGGACCUAAUGAAACCAGACGGAAGAUUUCAAACGUGGCGCCAGAGGAAAUACCGCCGCGGCUAACGAGAUCUAAAACAUCACCUUUUAACAUAGAUAGGUGCUUCUUUUGUGACGGCCGUGAGUCUCGCGGGAAAGCCCUUUUACUUCUGCUACCCAGCCCUUACGUACAGAGUUUUCAGCAAUGACAGAAAUCAACUUAAGAAAAGGUAUGAUAUUGACUAUGCCCGACUUACAAGCGGCAUAUUUAUGGGAGAAUUCAUUGAAACAAACAAUGUCCAUGAGGAUUUAUGCUAUCGAAAAACGCUAAAACCGUUAACUCAAAUUUUGAUACCUGAAGUGGAAUUUCACCGACCACCAAAAGCUAACGAAUCAGACCAACUGAGCAUUAAGAAGACACGGGAUGGCACCAUUCAUCUAAUAGAAAAGAAAAGUAGUGACGAUUCAAAACAAAUGAAUGUACUGUUUGAAGCUGCACUCUUGUUUCGGUAGGCAAUGAAUAGCUGCACAAAAUGGUUCUUUUCAGUGAUUGGCCAUUAUGAGGUUUCUGCAGUUCCCAGGUCUUUGUUUGCACCCGAUGGUAAAAUGCUUCACUCUUUUGUAAAGAGCGCUUUGAUGACAAUUCUUGAAAAGUUAAGCGUUUGGUGGUGAAUCAGAGCAAAGAGACGGACCACUGGUCCUCAGAUUAGUGCGAAUGAAAGAGUAAAUAUGGAACCCUCAUCCCAGCUGCGAGUUGCUUUUGUUGACGCCAUAAAUUGGCAGAACGUCAAUCUCUCUACAAGGCGGUCCAUAUCAAGGACUGUUCGCAAUGAGCUGAGCGCUUUGCUGCCAGAAUCAUCCAUAAGUACAAGUCCAAUGAUGACGUCUGUCUGAUUUUCGAUAGAUAUGACUUGCCAAUGUGUCUGAAAGCAGCUACCUUAGUAAACAGGCUGGCUGGUCAAGAUCCCGUACAUCAACGUACUAGUAAUCCCACGCUUUUCUCAUAGUAAGACCGGGAACGAGCUAUCUAGCUACCCGGCAGAGAAGUUCCUAGAUCAUGCUAUGAAGACAAAUCUACAAGUUUUUGGGGCCUGGGGUUACCAGUGUCGUGCAACACAACAAAAUGGGAGCCAUCUUCAAAGUGAUCAAGAAGAAGCAGACACCAAGAUGUUGUUACAUGCUCUGGACGCAACUGCUAACGGUCCAAUGGAGCUUUAUAUCCAUUCUCCAGACACAGAUGUUAGUUGUGCCUCUAAGGCGCUAUCCGGGGCUGUGUGUGAAGACAUGGUUUGUCUUUGCUACGGGUGAUAACCAUCGUGUGAUUGGUCUUACUUUUAGUCCAAUAGCUAGCGCCCUCGUUAGUGUUAAACUUGCUGCAUUUCCAGCGUUCCACGCUGAUAUCUGUUAAAGGGAAACUUUUAAGCUGGAAAACAUUCAUGGAAGCAGAGUAUACCAUAACUGCUUUGGGAAGCCUUCAAGAGCCACAGAGCAUCCCCCGAGACGAGAUAUUGGUCCUUGUGGAGAAGUUUAUAAGCCAGCUUUAUCAGCCUGGAACCGGUAUCUCACAAGUCAAGGAACUAAGAUGGCUUGCAUGUAUGUUCAGAAUAAAAUCAGGCGAAUCGGAUAGGCUUCCACCAAACGAACGGUCGUUUUAUGAAGCAAUUCUCCGCGCCCACUAUCACAAUGAUAGUUUGGCACAAUGAUAAAGUGUGCUGUCCUAGUUUGCCACAGCCAGAUGCAUGGAUUCUGUGGGAGAAAAGGGAGGAUAAAUGGAUCCCCGUUAUGACAGAGAAAGCACCUGCUCCUGAAGAAAUCGUCCUAUUGGUCAAGUGCGGCUGUGAAAGAACCGAUGCUCACACUGAUAAUCGAUGCCACUGCCGGAAAUCAGGCCUGAAUUACGCCUACCUCUGAGUCUUGCUGUGACAGUGAUGAUCCCUGUGAAAAUGCAUGUGAAGAUACUAAUACACUAAAAAUUGACGACGAGGAUCCUGGCAGUGAGGUGUAGAAAGAUUCGAAAGUCGAAAUUUGUUGAAAAAUAUGGCUUUCAAUUUGUCAAUGUGAAAAGGUAUUAAUGUUAGUACUCUUUAAGGGUAAAAUUGUAUUAAGUCUCUACUUCGGGUCACGUGACCACGCAAGUGUCACCAUCAACUACUUAUUAAGUAAAACAUCCCAGAAUAUCGAAACUGAUUCUAGUUUGUCCCAAAAUUCCAAUAAACGGCCAUUUUCAGUGGUUUUAUUGUUCAGCCUCGUUCUCAUGCAGGGCAGAACAGUGCUCUUCUUUUAACGCCUUCUAAAGAUCCUCUGCACUCAAUACAAAAGUGCCGACAACAUUUAACAUGUUCCUUGGGUCCCCUUUAUCAGUUUUGCACUGGUCGCUUGAAAUCAUCACGAAAAUCCCACGGGAAUACCAUUGCUCCUAGACUAUAACAUUAAAUAUUUAACAUUAUCUUAAAUCUUCUGCAAGUGAGGUCUCACCAGCUGUACAGUCACUGUGAUGCAGCGUACUAAGAUUUGUUAGAACUCCGUACAUUUAUGAGAUAUUUUUUCGUCAUAUUAACUCAACCUAACUCAUGUUUUCACUGAUAUCGACAGCUCUUUGAAGACUAUCACGUUUUUAAAAGGCCUGACCUAAAGCCGAGGUCUGAAAAGACACCUGAGGCAUAUGAAAUUGAUAGAAAGCUAAGUCUGGAGAAAAAGGUUAGUUGUUUUUUAAUUAAAUGAUAUAAAUAUUUGGAAGCCAGUAAUCAGCAUGUUAUAGUUACCUGUACGCCAAUACGAACGUGCCUACCUCAGGAAAAUGUUCAUAAUCAUAAAUUAAAACAAAAUAGAAAAACUCAGCUAAGAAAUAUUAAACUGCAGAAAAACAAGCAAUUGCUGAGAAAAGCUAAAACGCCUAUGAAAUCUUUCUUUAACUGUUGUCAAAUUGUUUUUCAAAACAAAAAGCUAAACUACUUUUAGCCCAACAAAUGAGGCGAGGGUCUUAAUUGCUGCAUGUAGAACACAUUCUUACCACCAAGAGAGAUAAUCACCUCACCAGGGUGAAGAGGGGGUUGCGGGUGGAUUUGAAAAACUGUGGGUACUUCUGGAAAAUAAUCCUGGGAAUUGUCAACAUGUAAAAUCAUCAAGGUGUUUAGAACUGUUACGGAAGAAAAUAAGAAAUUUUGGACAGUAAGUAAAGCAUUGGUGAGUCAAGUAACAAAAAAAUAGCAGGCCCUGUUGGGGCUUGUUUAGAUAUGUAAUGUAGUCUAGGAAUACGAGAAUAUACAUUAACAAGAGUUAAGAUGGUAAAUCCAGUGUCAAGAAGAGAACAUUAUAGUUUGCCCGAGGAAAAGCCUCUCUUCCAUCGAAAUGACGUCAGAAUGAGUAUUCACCAUUUUCACAUAGACCAUAUUUGCAAAAUUUGGGGGAUAAACAAGGUGCAUUAUGGUCUAUGUGAAAAUGGUGAAUUGUGCAUUAAACGUAGCAAACAAAGCAUUGAAAGAAGCGGGAUUCACAGACCACUUCAUUUUAGCUAGCUUUUAUAGAGCACUUUUCAGUUCCCGCCAAAAUUGAAGCUCCGUUCUGUCUCGAACGCAUUCGAAUUAAAAGAUCCAGAGUAAAAUAGGUAAACUAAACAUCAUUAAAAGAUAACUUAAAAAAUAAUACAAUUUUCAGAUCUCUAGGUUUUGCUGACCUGGUUUGUAGAAAUUAAAGACAUCAUUAAUUGGAAACAAAAUCCUUUUAAAAAUUUACUGGUCGGUGGAAACGCGGUGACGGAGUACAAUGGAAGUUGCUUGCUCCGUGUUAUGGGCUUUUGGUUCUAACUAUAAUUGCAAUUACAUUUUUGUUUAGUAUGAUAAUGUUUUCUCUAUUUUGGUUUAUUUCUCAGGUCUUGUAAAUUGCAAAAUUAAUGUUCUUACUCAAUAAUAACACUAACAGAACAAAUCUUCUAUCGCUCUUUAUGUAUAGGCAGUAUUUGUAAAAAGUUUUUCAUCUCUUGAUAUUUUGUGCUGAUAUUUCUUUCAUUUAAAUCAUUUUUCAGGUCGAAUGGUUUAUGCAGCAAAAGGAAAAGAAGUACAAACUUCUGUCCACACGUUUUAAUGACCCUAUGUUUGAAGAACAGUGGUACAUUGUAAGUAUAGCACAAAAAUCAUGUUAGCAAUGUAAAACAAUCACUGAACAAUGAUGACAACUGUGAAAAAAGCUGUAGAGCUGCAUUUGCUUCUAUCAACUAAGACUAUUUCUUAAAAAGAUAUAAUGGGACCAUUUUAAUAAAUUUUGUACUGGAUCAAUAAUUUUGUACAUAUAUCAGGUAAAAAUAAAAAAAAAAAACAAUUUUAGCAGUACAAAGACAAUUUGCACCAUGAGCAAAAUUGAACUACUAUAUAUAUACUCUUUUCAAUCUCAGUAAAAAGUGGCUUGGGGAAGACAGUAUUUAUCAUACCGCUUGGAGGCUCGGUAAAAAUAUAACCAGCCACUACCAACCUCGAUUUUAUAGAAUAAAUUGUUAAUUUCCGUAAGGGACGCUACCAAAGGACCUAGUAAAUUCAUUUGUGACAUUGAUUUGAUUGAUCAAUUAGUGCAUCAUAUUGGUUUCAUCUCUUAGGACAGACUUCAAGGGCCAACAUUAAACAUCACUUCCGUGUGGCCGAUGUACACUGGGAGAGGAAUUCUUGUGGCAGUGGUUGAUACGGGAGUGGAUGGAAAUCACCCGGAACUAGCCAAAAACUAUGUAAUGGCCUAAAUAUAUGAGUAUCACUUAAUAUAAUAAUUACCUGAAAAGAACAGAUCAUUUUUAUUGUUCUAUUUCGUCCAUUAAAUCAGCAGAUUUUUCUUAUUUAGAAUGAAUUUUACAUGUUAACGUUAAAGUUUAAGAUUUGCUUUUAAAACGUAACAAUUAAAAUACAAGGCAUUUACGUUAUAACACUGAACAUAUUUUUCUCAUAAUGUGAGAAUAACUUUGUAAAAGUACUUUACAUUUUUAAGAUAACGUACAAUCAUUUGAUUUCAAAGUGACCCCGGACGCGAAAAUUCAGCCAGCUAUUACAGGCAGGGCAAGGAAAACAGUUGCUUAUGACUUUUCCCGCCAUGGUCACGCGUUGGUCACGCUCUACGUUCAGUUUUUACCUAUGCUGAUUAGUCAAAAUUUGACAGCUGAGUUCAUGCGGAAAGUUUAUGCAGAUCUGGAAACUUGUUUACCGAUGGUUGAAGCUGACAGAGUUUUGUUUCGUCAUCUUGUGAUGUUUUUAACUGUCUUUUUCCACUGGAUGUACAAAAUGAAGUACAGCCGCUAUCAAGAUUCUUCCGUUCUUCAUGGCUGGUUUGUUUAUUGAGAUUUUGGUUGAGAAAUGCGCCGCUUGUCAAAGUCAUCGGGAAUCCGAAUCAAAUGACAUAGUUUUCGUUUUUCACCUUGCUUGAUAAGUAAGAGGGUUGAAAAGUCUCAAGCGAUUCUGGUCUUACUUGACGACUUUCAGGAGCUGCAUCUCGACCGGUAAGCCUGAGUGAUUAUUGUAUUUGCUGACGUUUGUUUGUUUCUUUUCCCGGUUUCAUGAAGUCGAGCGUAGUUUAUGUGGCUAGCUUUUUUAUGGACGUUUGUAAGAUUUGAGACACUAAUCUGACCAAUUAUCAGGUUUGAUAUACAGAAUUUUAAAAAGCCUUUAGACAGUUUCUAACUGCAAAUAAAUUGGGUGUAAAAAGAAAGCUUUGAGCGAUUUUCUUGUCUCGAGUUCAUCUUGAAAAAUAGCAAACUCCGGCCGGCAAGUCGGCUUAAAACAUAAAUCUAAUUGUUAGUUUGGUUUUAACCUUAUAUGCUUACAUCACUCAGGAUUUAAAGGGACACUUUAAUCUCAAUACUUGCCUUCGUCGCUGUAAAUGUUUCACCGAAUUAUAUUUAUUGAUUGUUUUCAGUCUUACAUUAACAUCGCCUGCGUAACUCAAUAAAUGUUCAUUCAGACAAAUGACAGCUCACACGACAAAUUUGGAGCUUGUCAAAAUUAAGAACAGGCUGGCCGUUAGCCUGAGAAAACAGCCGACAUUUCGCGAUGGCACCAAAGGUUUCCUCGUGAAAUGACGUCUGAGCAACGAGCGCAGAAAUUCCAUACUGAUGACGUGUCACUACCCAGUCAACCAGUCAGAAGCACUACCCAGAUCUGGGUAGUGACGCGUCAUCAGUAUGGAAUUUCUGCGCUCGUUUCUCAGACGUCAUUUCGCGGGGAAAACCGUUGGUGGCGUCUCGAUAUGUCUGCUGUUUUCUCAGGCUAGCUGACCGUAGGUGAUUUUGGAAUUUUUUUGAACGGUUUCCCUAAAAGCCUAUUAUUACCCUGCAUACCACAUAGAAGAAAAUUGUUAUGACUGAACAGGGCGACUAUAUGGAAUUCUCUUCAUGAAAACAUUUUAUAAUGUGGUCAAUUCUAUAAUUUGCUGUGCAAAGGAAGCGCGUGCUUCGAUCGUCCCGAAUAUUGCAUGGGUUCAAUUUGUCUUGCAAAAUUGUGAAAACUGCAUUCUGUGAAAGGCCUGUAUGAUAAAAACAGCGCCUCAUAGUAUUGUUUACCUCAGAUGUGAUGUAUAAAAAGUAUGAAAGGCUGGUUUACACGCCACCCAAUUUGUUGGCAAGAUUUUGUGAAGUAAACUUUUCGAACGCAUAAAAUUCGGCCUGAUUUUGUUUUCCAGGCCUAAUCUACUGUGAUCAAGAGCCAUUAUAGCUCUUAAAUGUGAUCGAAGAUGAUUGCUCUUUUUUAACUUUACAUAAAAAUAAGGCUAUCAACUCGAUGUAAGAUUUGUUUCACUCUUGGACUGUCUGCAAAUGAUUUUCCUCUAACAUGACUUAACCUUUCCCUGAAAAGGCACCUGAAUGAGCCCUAAAGUUAACUGAUUUGUGGAUUACAAGUUUAUUGUUUGAUUUAAAUUAUAAAUUUAUUAAUGGGAACCUCGCUUUUAGCCCUGGCUAAAUCUAUAUGUUAACUAAUAACAGUAAACGUUUCUUUUUGUUGUUGUUGUUGUUUUUUUUUUAUCUGUGACUGCGUCCACCUUAAACUAUAAUCGUUGAUCAUGAUGAUAUUCGUUUGUUGGUUCAGAAUUCAACAGCAAGUUAUGACUUUAUGGAAAAUGAUCCAAUACCAGGUCCAAACGGGAGCGCAGUGACAGGGUAAGUGACAUUCAGUAUCAAUCAGGGAUUUAAGUAGUUGACUCACUUGUCUAACGCGCGCUUUUAUCAACAGUUCCAUUCAUUUUUUAUUUCAUUCUGUUUAAAUGCCGUAAAUCUCCCCACCCCAAAUCAAUGCUGGCUUACCCUGUUCCAGGCUCCAAAAUAGUCGGUCCGCGUGGAUUGAGAAAAAGCGAACAUGAAAAUAAAACGAGAGGGAACUUUUAUCCCGUCCCCCUUUUCGCGUACCUUUCACUUUCGCUUCUUCCCCGCUAUCUGAGAGCCUGAAACAGGCUUAUGUUGUUUGUGAGAAAGAAAGACUACUGAGAGGGUGAAAGUACAACAGGGGGAUGGAAUAGAUAUGUCUACUACUAAAAGGGGACAUUUUACAGAGGUGUCUCAACACUUUUAUCCCUCAUUGUAGCCUCAAACAGGCCUUUCCAGAUUCUGCUCCGAAAAAGCUAAAAAGUUGCUAAAAAAUAUGCCAAAAGUGGCUCAAAAGUUGCUCAAAAUUGAAAAAGUUGCUCAAAAAUUUUGUAAAGUUGCUCCAAUAUUUUUAAGACAGCAUGUCUAAUUUUAAUAACAAUUGCUUUGUAAUCAACAUUAAGGUACAACUAAGUAACUAGUUACAACAAAUUAGGCAACCUUUGGUUGAAUCUAAGUGGCUAGUUACAAAAAGUUAGACAGUAAGUGUAACAACCUGGCGUCCGCCAUUUUGUUUACGCACAGUCCACAGGCUACCCCCACCUCGUUCCUAGGGCUUUUCUCUUCUCGUGGGGGGCGCCCCCCAGGAGAAGGGAAAAGCCCUGGGAACGAGGUUGAGGCUACCCAAACCCAAUUCUUGUAAUUAAUUACCACGUCCACAUGAUACCCAUUCAAAGGGUAAAAAUAUGAGUUUUACUAGAAAGAUGUUUAGAAUUUUAACUUGUUUAUUUUAAAAAAAGGGGGUUAUUCAGCAUUUUGGUUCAAAAUAGUCCAGAAGUUACCAAAAAAGUGCUAGUUUUCCGAAAAGUUGCUAGAAGUUGCUCUCUGACAAAAAUGUUGCUCAAAAUCCUAAAAGUUGCUAAAAGGUUGCCAAGCAGAAUCUGGAAAGGCCUAGCCUCAAAGUGCCCGUACCCAGGACCCAUAAAAACAGAUCUAACAUACAUCUGUAGCAUCCAACUUUGGGCAGUGUUGGAAUGGGUGGUUAAACCAACAACGUCUAACAUGUUGCAUGAAUGCCGGGGACUUUUGAGUUCCCAAUGACUCACUUAUUCAAUUAACGAUUUUCACAUUACCCAUAAUACACCUUGUUUAUCUCCCAAAAAAUUUUCAUUACUGUUGUUUCCAAUUUCUCCUGGGUAUUACACCUAGUGCUCUUCUCAAGAGAAAUUAAAGACAUGCUUAUGCAAAAUUUUGGGGAGUAAACGAGGAGUAUUAUCAGUGGGCACGCCGAGCAUUAAAUUUUGACAGGCAUUUGUCAAGACGUGCAUUCUGGUGCAUUCCCAUCUUGAAACUAAUUCGUUAUUAUUAGAGCCUUCCUGUGUUAAUGAGUUAAAAAAUACAGAAGGUUUACCACCUUCUUUCUAUGAUUAACCCGACUUAUAUCAUAUUUUUUUAUUGGAGAGUGCUAUGGCCGGCUUAAUAUAAAACACAUUGUUAUUGGUGAUUCUAUGAUGUUGAACAAGCAGAGAAAUCAGCGAUUGCAGCUUUUUUCAAGUAAAAUAUUUAUUGGCCUCGUAGCCUGCGUAGCAGGCGCUUGGAAGUCAUGGGCGCAGAAAAGAACGGGGCGCACGAGAGAGAGACACGGAAAGGAGAGAGACACAGAGCGCCUUCCCCACCCCCCGCGAGUCUUCCUCGCACGCUCUGUUCUUUCUUGUCCUCAUUACUUCCAAGCGCCUGCUACGCAGGCUAUUAGCCUCGUCCCAUACACACUUGCGUGUGCCGCCUUGGCUUCGAACAAAUGGCUUGGCAGUCCAUAUAUAUAUGCCAUGUGUGACUAUGGUCACAGUGGUAAUAAACUACGACUAUAUAAUGUCUUUAGGCUGCUCUGUUUAGAGACAUCUCACAUGAUCUAGGCGCAACAGCUAAAGACGACGAGACAGUGAAAGUUGAGGACUCAUCCUUAUCUUGAUACCACGCAUGGCGCAAUUCGCUUGUUUCUAGUCAGCCUCGGCUCGCACGAUCCGGCUUGAAAAGCCUGUGCAGCGAGGAGGCUGGUCUUAUCUUCCCUUUGCAUUUCUUUGAUAGUGUGUUUGUUAGACUCCUGCUGUAUUGCAAAUGCAGCUGUAAAUUUGAGGAAAAAAAACGAUUCAAACUUAAAACGUUCUUUGAAAACGCAUGGGCAUAACAACCGCAAUGUAUGCAUGAUUGUUGAAUGCUACGAGAAAGCUUUUUUUGGAGUCAAUCAGCGAUGACAAACCUGCAAUCCUCUGCAUAUCAUGCUCUGACCCCUAAAUCGACACUAAAGCUAUAAGCUACAGUAUAAGCUACAGAAGGCUCGUGAAAGCUAAGGUCACUGAACCAGCUUUAUGUGAAAAACGUCCUGCAUGCUGCUAGGACUCAGUGGAAUAUCGAUAAUGUGCUUAAUAGGCGCGCAAUGAUAGAGUGCCUAUGGAAAUGUGAUGGUGAAUUUUAAACCUGGUGAAUACAUGAGAAAGAUGUUUUUUUCUAUUUGUUUCUUACAGUCAUGGCAACAAAUGCGCUGGAGUUAUAGCUGGUGUUGCCAAUAACAGUUUUUGCGGCGUGGGACUAGCAUACAACGCCAAAAUUGCAGGUAUGAGUAUGAAGGUAGGACUAAGCUUGAAUAAAUUACCAAGAAAAACAUUCAAUUACAUUAUCACGACUAAAGGGUCUCGGAGGUUAGCUGGAAACUCACAAAUGACCAAAAUUUUAACUUUAUUUAUUUAUUUUUAAAUUUUUCAAAAUUAAUUUUAUUAUUAUUUUUUUCAACUGAUAACGAAAAAAUCUCCUAGUCAAAAAAAUGCGAACUUACAUUUGCCUUGGCUUUUACCGACAACUGACAAAGGACUUUAUUGUCCUCUAAUUUAUUUUCUAAAAAACCUGUCUUUAAGUCUUGUUAAUAGCAUUGUUCCACUCUUUUCGUCAGACAUUGUGAUCAAAUUUGCGUUUACUGAUGGGUAAUCUUAGCAACAGGGUGCUUAAGUGUAAUAUUUCAAAGCAAACCUGAUAAAAAUUCAGGUACUAUUGCAUCAGUUUUCGAAUUCAACGUUUUGUUUUAUCAUAAUUACAUCUUAGUAUAUACACACUCAGUGAUCUUGGUAAUUCAAGCAAUCUGAUUGGUUCGCUAUCCCCGACUAUUACGUUAUAUUCACCGUGCUAGGUGGUGAAUAUAAAGCAGAACAAAUUCGCUGUCGUGAACCGGGUGUUUUGCCAAAGUUUCAUAGUAAAGCCUUUUUGAAAAUACACGAAUAUCCAAGUGCUGAUGACUUUGAAGGCAAGAAAAGACUUCAUGGUGUUUAAACAGCGUGAUCUAUUGUGAAGUGGUUAACUGUAGCUGACUUUUUGUACGCUCGAAGCUAUGUUUACCACUACAGAGGAAAACGAGGCCAUUUUGUCACUGUUUUGUGAUUUCGGGAUUUUCUCGCAAGACCAAUUUUGCCUAUAAAUAGAAGUUUAUUUUUGGAGAAAAGCAUCCUCGAAGACCCAGGGGCAGAUAGUGCAGCCGAGGGAAAGUCUAAACAGGCGGAAAAAUAUGGCACAAACGAAAAGUAAAGAACGGCGAGAAGAGCCCCUGGGGACAAUGUCUUGCCAGACCAGUUCCAAACGGUCGCCGCCGUUCCGGCUUCUGAUUGGUGCCAGAAAAACACAAGUUUUCUGGCACCAAUCAGAAGCCAGAACGGCGGCGACCGUUUGGAACUGGUCUGGCAAGACAUUGUCCCCAGGGGCUCUUCUCGUCGUUCUUUACUUUUCUUCGUGCCUUAUUUUUCCGCCCGUUUAGACUUUCCCUCGCCCCCACUAUCUUCCCCUGGGUCUCCGAGGAUGGGAGAAAAGAGGAAGGCAAAUAUUUUGGAAAAUUGUACGUGCCAGCAAGUUAACAAGGCAAAGAACAUUGGAGAUAAACAACGCUCACCUUGAUCGUAGCCGCUGUUGACAGCAUUUACAAGAAGCGACAAAGAAAACUUUCUCAUUCACGGUGAGUUAACAGAAACAAAUAAAGCUCUACUUUUCCUCUCAGAAUUGGGUAGUAAUAUAAAUUUUCGGCGUUUUCUUUUAAACCGUUGAUGCUAAAUUAAAGCUUACAAAACUCGAUACAAAAAGAUUAAAACUAUCAUUUGCCAUUUUUGAAGAUACUGUAAAGAUCUAACUUUUGAGCAUCCACUGUUGUUCAUGCAUGAAUUCACCCGUCAAUCAAACUAAUGGUUUUUCAAUGGCUUCCUUUCUGAUUCUGUUGAGAUCACUUCGUGUGAAUAUGCUAAAACAAUUAUUCAUCUCAGGCUCAGUUAAUAUUGUUGAAUAAUCCCCUCGACUUCGUCUCGGGGAUUAUUCAACAAUAUUAACUGAGCCUUCGGCGAAUAAUUGUUAAAUACUACUACCCACAAAGGGUUUGUAAUUUUCACAUGUAGGUAUUUCAAAUUAAGCUGAAAUACCACUGCUCUAAGCCAAUCAAAUUGCAGAAAUUUUCCAUGUAGUAGUAUAAAUGACAACUGAAUUACUGACUUUAUACUACUACAAGACAAAUUUCUGCAAUUUGGUUGGCUUAGAGCAGUGGUAUUUCAGCUUAAUUUGAAUACCUACAUGUGAAAAUUACAAACCUUUUGCGGUUAUAAACAAAUAAUAGCAUGAUUUAUACGUGAUAUUUGGCUCAAAUACCACUCUUGAUAUUUCAAAAUUGUCCCAAAUUUCACUCUCCUAAAGGCUCGUGAAAUUACGUAUAACAAUUUCGAAAUAUCACUCGGGGUAGUUAUGCCAAAUAUCACUACAAAUCAUGCUAUUACCUAUAUACUAACUCUUUAUUCGCGUAAUGAAUCUUUAGAAUUAAUUGUGAAUAACGUAAUCACAGCUUCCUUUAAAUCAAAUAUGUCUCCCGAGCCUUUUUUAAAACGUUAUUAAUAGUGGGAACUUUGAAAGACUGUUAGGGUCAACAGCCUUUCAAUAACCACAAUCACAUUGUCAUACAAUCCGUUUCAAUCUUCUUCACGUUUUUCCAACCGUGCCUCCUUUCGUGUUAGCUGUGUUAUUUAUACCUUUCUUUAACAUUUUAAGUGGUAAUUUUUAUCAUUUUAUAUUUCACUCUAUUUAGUGGCAGUUCCUGCUGUUUGAAUUUUGUUAGAUUUAAAUAUUUCUUGCCUUAGGUCUUCGCAUUUUCGAUCAAGGAAUCAGGUCAACCGAUGCCACAGAGUCAGGGGCUUUUUCUUACAGAACAGACGUGAUUGACAUAUAUUCAAACAGCUGGGGACCUGGGGACAUAGGCUGGCAAGUCCAAGGCCCAGGAGUGUUGGCCGGUAAAGCCAUAGAACGCGGCAUACAGAAGGUAUCAAUAGACCUUUUCCAACAGUUGGUCACGUUGUCAACUUUCUCUAAGCAUGAAAACAAUUUAUCGCCCUAUGUAAGGGUACCCAAGGCAGUCUUGGAUUCUAGAUUCCACGCCGUGGAUUCUGGAUUCCGGGUACUGGUUUGCAGUCUUUGUCAGUUGAACUUGGAUUCUGGAAUGCAAUCCUUAGAGAGACUUUCCGGAUUCCUUGAGCUGUAUUCGGAAAUCCAAAUCCCAGGAUUCCGGAUUCCACAAGCAAGCAAGCAUGAGGCGAAAUUUAACAAAUUGGCAACAAUUUCCCAUGGUCUGUACUCUUAUCGACCAAAAUCAAGUGAAAAAAACGAGGGUGUUGUUAAAAACCGAGUCUACUGAACGUGUUAAAAAAUACGUUUUGUUAACUUUGAGGUGCUUGUCGUCGUUUUAUUUGUUCGCUUCAGCAAUACUAUUCAUAUUAAAGUGUAAAAAUACCCUUCUUAUAAUAUAAACACCGAUCAAAUUCCAGGCGAACUUUCUUGCGAAAACUUAAUAUCUUCACAUGUGAAAAUAACAUGUUAUCUUCGCAUGUGAAAACAUCACCGUUGCUAUGGCUACAUAAUAAAUCGCCCCUUUCACACCAAAAAGCUAUUAAAGUGAAAUAGUUUGGCAUUUCAUUGGUGGUUAUAUAAUAAACAGAACAUUACAUGGCCGCUUGGAGAUAGGAAAUUUCUCUUCUCGUGUUGAAAAAAUAUUUUUCAACACUCGAAGAGAAAUUUCGUAUCUCCGCGCCAUGUAAUAUCCUCUAUUUAUUCCGUUCUUUCUCCCGCGAGAACCAAGGACAAAGUCAAACCCACAUGAAGUCUCUACUGUCAUCCCGUCAUUCUCAAUCAAACUACCGCGAACUUUCUCUUUGAGAAAGACCGCCAUGUGUAGGAAAUUGUGUCCGGUAAAUCUGAAAAUAAAUUUUAUUUCAGGGUCGUGGGGGACUGGGUGCUAUUUACGUAUUUUCAUCAGGGAAUGGUGGCUUUGCUGGAGAUUGCUGUGGUUAUAACGGUUAUGUUAAUAGUAUUUACACCAUUGCAAUCAGUGGGGUGAAUCUGGAUGGCUCUCUUCCAAUGUACGCUGAGGAGUGCGCAGGAAUCAUGGCUUCUUCAUAUAGCACCAACGGUAUCAAAGGAAAAGUUGUAAGUAGAACCAAAGUUGUUUGACAGCUAUCCUUCAACUUUUUCCACCUUCCCUUUCCUCCUCCUUUUUCUUUUCCUUUUCCCCUCACAAGAGAAUCUAACUUUGUCGUCAUCAUCAUCAUCAUCCUCAUCCUCAUCGGCCAUGCCCUUUAUUUUAACAGAAUACAACUUAAAGCACAAUGCUUUUAGCGUCGUGUAAAAUCAGUUACAAUACAGAGAUGAAAUGAAAACUAAGGAUAAAAUAGUUACAAUAUUAGACAACUAACAGACUAAAUCUCUUAAAAGAAUUAUUAGAUAAGACCUAGGAAAUAUACAAUAUCAUUAACAUGAAUAGCCUAUAAGUACUUGACAACAGCUUUUAAAAACAAAAAAUAGUUAGGAGCACUUGAAAUAGUGGUAUUGGCUGAUCAGCGACUAGACUGUUGAAAACUGAGAUUUCUGUUGAAAACAAUUUUAUAUUUAGUAUUUUAAGCAUAAAUACAGGUGUAAGGGAUGGACCAUUUGAAAACAUAUCGGCGGGGCGACCGAAGUACAAAAAACACACGCACACCAAGUAACCUUAAAAAAUAUUCAUGAACUGGCCUCGUACUGAAUUCAUACAAGGGAAAUGUUAACGAAUAAAAUUUCAUGCGGCUCGGAAGUUCCCCACACCCCCCUAAACUUUUCUAAUGGUCCGUCCCUAACAUGACACUAUUGAAUAGUCAGGUUAUCGUCAUGGUUACUCAUCAUCAUCGCCUUUUUUAUCACGACACAAUGCGAUAAAUGCUGCUCAAACUAAUUUAAAUUUAGCAAAGAUAUAAUUACCUGAUUGAAUCUAACCGAUGACGAUAUCAUUUUGUGUUUGAUAAUGUAAGAUAAUACCCCAGGUGGCAAAUUCAUUUCAUACUAGGUGACUGCUGAUAGACAAUCUGGAUGUGUUGAUAAUUUUGGAGGAACCUCAGCAGCUGCAGCCAUGGCCUCUGGUCUGAUUGCAUUAGCCCUUGAAUCAAAGUACGUCUCAUUUUGAAAUUGUUAUUGCUAAAUUAAUAUUUAUAUUUUAGUAAAUAUGAUCAAUAGAAAUUCCAAAAUAUAGCCACGGAAGAUUUCGAAAUUUCAAUGAGAACUUUUCGGUCUCCCAAACUCCUCUUCGUACUCUCCCAAUCAUUUGAACACCCAGAACAGGCCUAAAAAAAGGAGGUCUAUCAUGCAAACGGCCUUUU